AUGCCUACACAGUCGCAAUCGCAGAUCAUACUGUCUAAACCAAUUGGUGAAGGGCUCGAUAGCUUCCAAAGCUCAUUAAACUCGAUAUGCGAGGAUACAACAGCGUUGGAUCGGUUAGGGAUUGAGGAAACACAAGAUUUAUUAGUUACUCUUGUCUCUACCUUACAAGCCCUCCCUGCCGCUCGGCUCCUGCGCUCUAGGAACGGAAGCAAAGCUCUCUUCUAUGACCUUUUGAGACUCAACGCAGCUGUUAGCUCUGCCGAGUUCGACGUCGAACGUAUCAGGCCUCUGCUUGAUGCUAUCCUUGACAACAAACCUGAUGAAGUUAUAUGGGAGAACGUCUACAAAGCUGUCACUGAAUCUACCCCGCCCCCCCGGGCCGUUUCGUCAAUUCAACAAACGCCAUGGCUGCGCAGUACAGGCAGCUUCGCGAACUCAACCGAAUACCGCAAAUACUUUGACGACAUUUUGAAGGAGGAGCUGGGACCUAUGUACGUUGGCGUGCCUGGUUUUUUUGCGGGCUUCUUCGGAGAGGUUGCAGAUAUCGGACCAGCAGCACAGGCUGUGCUUGAUAAGUGUAGAAAGGGAGACACUCCGCUCUACCAGGAGGAGAGUGGCUGGCAGGAUUGGCCCGAAGGAGCGAAGGAGCCGGAUGUAUUAAGCUGGUUUACGCUACUUACAGAAAAAAUCUCGGACUUUGCAGGAGAGAAUCGGACGGACCCUAGGGUUCGACGCCGAAUUGUGACAAGACCUCAUCAACCCCUACAGGGUUCUACGGCCGACUGCAAGCUGGACAUCGGCUUUAUAGACGACGAGAAUGCUGGCAUCAACUCCGGAUAUCAUUGGUCAUGCAUCCUUGUACCUGGAGAGCUUAAGAGCAACCCAUCAGCCGACAAAGCGUCUAAGGCAUGGUUUGACCUUGGCCGAUAUGCGAGGGAGGUGCUUGCUGCUUAA